CCCCUGGAAAAAAGUGCCUGCCCAUCACAUCUGUUUUGUGUUACCGUUGAUUAUCUGGACUGUUUAUACAACCAUUUCACCACAGUUUGUCAUCGCGUCGUUUGUCCUUCUUGUCUUUCCUGCCGCAGUAUUCCCACAAAAACAAAGUGAAGAUCUACACCCAGCAUCACACUGUCAAACUGACGAGGAUACGACAACAUGCCUGACAUCUUCACUCUUAUUGCUCUCAGCUUUUCUCUCAUGCUUCACAAUGCACACUGCAUCUGGGACGUGAGUGAACCUCUCAACCACACACUCAAUGACGAUGGAUCAGUCAAUGUCACAUGCAUGAUUUUGGGAAAUGAAAAUUUCAGUGAAUUGGACGCCAAGCUGAAAAUGAAUGGCAAAUAUGUGUGUGAGGUUGAAGACAAAGGUGAAACUAGUGGACAAAACUGUUCAUUGCAUUAUGAAGACAAGAAAUUCAUGUUUAAAUUGAACAAUCCCAAAGACAUACACAAUUCUACAUUUUCCUGUGAGAUAUCGAAAAUUAAACCAUUCCCUGUCGAAACAAAGGCAGGGCCAGAAGCUAAGCUUUUUCAAGAAAUCCCAAACUGCCUCACUGCACACAAUGCAUCCACCCAGAGCCAGCGUCAAAGCAAGAGCCAGACAUCAGAUCGGGAAACUGUUGAAAAUGAUAUUGGUCCACUUCUUCUGCUAUACAUCAUCUUGAUCAUCAUUUCCUGCAGUUUUUUUCUACAGAUCGCCAUCUGCAAAUGGAGAACUUCUUCAUCUAUGGCACCAAUGCUUUCCCAAAAAGAGAGCUAUGUGAAAUUCUAGGGGGCGUGAUUUUCCCCUUCCUGCAUGUACUCGCAUGUCAUUUUCUCCCGCAUGUAUUUACAUGUCAUUUUUACCUGCAUGUAUUGACAUGUAUGCACUGUAUUUUCUACAUGUACUCACAUGUAUUCCUACCUGCAUGUAUUCACAUGUAUUUACACUGAUAUUAGAAGUUAUUUUUUAUUUUUUAAACAAUAGUUUUCUUUUUUAUGUAAAAAAAAUAACCCAUAAUAGGGGACCUAUUAUGCAAACAUCAGUUUU